CAUCUGGAAAAGUGCACCGUCACCUAAAAAAUGAUCUGAAAAAUACUAGGAUAAGUGAGAGACUUUAAUAAUUUUGUAUGAAUAUGUAGUAUAUAGUUAUUUUUUUUUAUUGUUUUUAUUUUAUUUAUUAUAUUUUUUCCUGCCAAUCUGCUGCCCACACUCGUCCAGUAAGUGGCGCUAAUGCACCAUAAGAAGAAGAAGAAGAAGAAGAAGAAGAAGAAGAAGAAGACCACCGCAUUCUGUUUGACAGCGUCGCCGGGAAGUGCAGGUGGCACAAAAGUUCCCGCAACAAUUUGAAAAUAGGAUAAAACAAAGGAUACCAGAAGCAUCCAGUUAUUGUUUCGUGAUUCAGAAAGUGUUUAAUAUCUGGAGCAGGGUCACUGAUACUCGCACUACGAGACUAAACACUGCAAGUAGCAACAGGCCCAUUGUUGAGAUAACACCAUGAAGUUGGUUUUAAGCACAGGAGUCCUUCUGAUUGUUCACCUGUUAAUCCUGCAGUGCCAGGGUUUUACCGUCAGAUACAUCUUAGUUAAUGAACCUGUGACCUUCCCAUGUAUCUGCUCUGGAAACCAACCAGUGGUUCUGUGGAUCCGCUUCAUUCCCAGUAGUGCUGUCAUUGCCAAGUGUGACAGCCAGACAUGUUGGAUUGAACAGUAUUUUCAGAAAAGGUUUGCAGUAUCAGGAGAUACCAGCAGCGGAAAUUACUCCAUAAGUAUCAGUUCAGUCGUCUACACUGAUGCCGGUUCCUACAGGUGCAGCUGUGAUGGACAUUCAGUUACUGAAGAAAAGCUUCAGGUGUAUGUUCCAACAGUCAUAAAGACAUUUGAGGGGGAGAACGUCACCCUCCCCUGCUAUGGAGACACUCGGGUUGAUGCCAUGAAUGUACAGUGGAAGAAAGGUGAAGAAACAGUGCUGGAAAUCACUUCUGUGACUACCGGCGACGUCUCAGCAGGCAGAUGUUCGAUCUCAAAAGAAGGUUAUCAAGAUGGCGACCUCUCACUCCACAUUAGUUCAGUUAACCGGUCUGAUGCUGAAUUUUAUCGGUGCCUUAUUCACGAUGAAUCUCGUGAUGGAGACCCACGUGCUGUUCUACUAAAGGUGGAAGAACGCCGACCUGAGCACCAACCACCCCCAGCCUGCAACAGCAACACAGAAGCAGCAUUAGCAGUAAUACUAGCAGUAACACUAACACUGGUCAUCCUCGGAGUGAUUAUUUACUGUGUGAGAAGAUUCAAAGUAACUAAGAAUAAGGCAUCCACCGAUCCAGGGCCUCCUGUUCAAGAGGAAAACCAAAUGAUCCCAAAGCCUUCUUCAACACGGAGAUUCCAGGACUAGUUCAUAGUCAAAGAUCUGCCACACUGUUUUUUUUUUUUUUUUUUUUAAACUUUUCUUAUGAAGGGAAGCAAAAUUUGAUAUUAAGGGAUUAGAAAUCUUUAAAAACAUAGAAAUUCAGCAAAGCUGUAGGAAUGCCAUGGUGGUGUCUAGGGAUGUCACAAUACCAAAAAUCUAGUAGUCGGUACCAACACCACCAAAAGUACAUGAUACUCGAUACCAAAGUCGAUACCAUGGUGUGGUAUAAAAAUGAAAUUAAAAACUCUCCUGGAGGACAUCCUCCUCUGGCUGAUACUGGCAAAAAAAAAAAAAAGAGAGGGAGGGAUAUUAUAGUUAUCAAACACUGUCUGACAAUGAGUGGAGUGACUCCUAAACUCGUGCACGCAUGUACACACACACACACACACACACACACACACACACACACACACACACACACACACACAUCCUUAUACUGUGAAUGCAAGCAUUAGUUUAAAUUCACUGAUAUGCUGGCAGGCCAAAAAGAUUUAUUAAAAGCAUGAACACUAGAAUAAUUGUUAGUGACAUUAGGCUACAUUUUGCUGACAAGACACGGGCUGAAUGGCGAUGCAUGGAGGCCCAUUAGGAGGUAGUUUAUAACACUGCAAUGUGUUCGCGUCGUUAACAAAUAACUGGCUAUCGCAAACAUUACAUGGAGCAUAACGUUAGCUGGUUUAACGGCCACAAUGCCAGCUGCCUCAAACAAACAAACAAACAAAUAAUAUACAACCUGUGUUUCAGGUGCUUCGCCAAAUUUCGCCAAAUAUAUGUUUGUUGUCAUCCGCCUCGAAUGCGGAGUAUUUCUAUAUUCCAGACCACCUUUCCUCUCAACGAGUCACGGUGGAGCUAAACUUCUGUAGUUUUUCCCGUGUGUUUGUAGUUGUUGUUCUUCACCAUUUGUGGACCGGCUAAAAGACGUGCGCUUAUUUGCUCCCCCCGGUCAGGUUUGGAAGAAUUGCAAACCGGUACUUUCAUUAGAAACGGUACCAACACUACUGCAGAAAAACAAGUUCAGUCACAUUUUAAGAAUGUUGGUACCGACUUGGUACCAGAGUAUCAGUUCUCGUGACAUCCCUAGUGGUGCCUAAUGGUGGUGUCUAAGCAUGGUGUAGUUAGUUCUCUUUGUUCUGGUGUGCCGAUAUUCCUGCUUUAUUUCAGUCAUUUUUGCAGUUCACAUGAAAGAAAUGUGAACUCGGACUUUGAAAGAGCCAGUUUUACAUGCACUAUGAACUGAGCCAUAUGGUUAUACCGUAAAUAAUCAUGAUGUAUAUUUAUACAUGCUGUAUGUACAGGUACAUCUUUUAAAAAAUUGAAUAUUGUGGAAAAGUUAUUUUUUACUGUAAUUUAAUUCAAAAAGUGGAACUUUUAUAUAUUCUAGAUUCAUUACACAAAGUGAAAUAUU